CUCUCUGUUCUUCUGUUUCUGCUCCUCUGUGUAUAAAAGCAAGCGAGCAGUGCUGAGAGCUCAGUCUGAACAGUGGCUGCAGGAGAAUGAAGAACGACAGAACAGACAAGAACAAACAGAGAACAGAUCCUGUGAGGAUGAAGAGGAGGAAGGCUCUGCAGCUGGUUUCAGGCAUGCUGAGUCUGUCCCUGCUUAUUGUUGCUCUGGGUAUCUACACCAGCACUCGCACUGAGAGCCUGAGCAUCACAGGAUACGCUUCAGGAGCUAUUUUGGCGUUUGGCUCCUUCUUGGGCGUGCUGGGACUGUGCUUGGAGGAAAACCGUAAACAGCUGUUGAUCGCAGCUAUAGUGUUCCUGAGUGUGGGGAGCCUGACCAGCUUCCUGUGUCUGGUGGUGGACGGAGUCUUCAUCCUGUUAAACAUUGACAUGCGUCCAAUGAAGGCUGGGAGAUGUCAGUUCUACACCAGCGGGAACAGCUACAUGUACGAGAACUACUACGCCUCGGUUCCGUGUCAGGGCCUGACCGAGUCCUGCAGCCUGAAGGUUCGCAGUGGAACCUGCUACUGCUGUGACCUGUAUGACUGCGCAAAUGGGGGAUACCUGAAUAAUUACUAUGAGUUUGUGGGGGUGCAGAGCUGUGAGGACAUCCUGAGUCUGUACGUUCUGAUCUGGAUCCUGACUCUCCUAAACCUGCUGGCCUUCAUCCUCGCAAUACUGACCACUGCUGUACUGGGCAGCAUCAAAGACAUGAAAAGUGUGGGUCCCUCUCUUCCUCUCUCUUACGACAGCAGCAUCAUCUCCUCCCCCACCGCCCCCCUGCUCACGGACCACCACACCCACACCGCACAGCAGCUCUACCCGAAGGCUUCGCUCUACGUGGGUCCAGCAGGUUCAGGAGCAUCAGCGGCCGUUUCUCAGAGUGGACAUCCGGAGAACCAAAAGCACAUGGAACCAAACCCACCCCCGUUCGCCCCACUCUACAACCUGCUGCCCUAAAACGCUAAAGUUAACCGCUGCUUUAUAAACACUAACACUGCACAGAUGCCUCCAGAUCCAGAAACGUCCUCGGUGCCUCACAGAGCAAACAGACUGCACUUACACAACCCUCGCCACUUCAGAAGGUCUGGACAAUUUCGCAGUACCCAGUUACAAAUAUCAGUGCAUCAUCAACAACAUAACUUUAAGCUCAGUUCAGUCUAACUGCAUUUCCGGUCUCACAAUAGUGGAUCACCUAUUUUACCAGAAUACAUCACCAUGGCAACUACUGCUGCACCCAGUUAAGUUCAGGAUUACACAUCAUAAACAGCUCCAAUUAAUCAGGGCCAAAUCUCAGACCAAUCAGAAACUGCCCUUUGACCAAUCAGGAACAGCCUACUGACCAAUCAAGGACAGCCUUCUGACAAAGCAGGGACAGCCCUCUGGCCAAUCAGGAACAGUCAUCAGACCAAUCAGGGACAGCUCUCCGGCCAAUCAGAGACGUCCUUCUGACCAAUCAGGGACGUCUUUCUGACCAAUCAGGGACAGUCAUCAGAACGAUCAGGGACAUCCUUCUGACCAAUCACUUAUGAUCAAUCAGGGACAACCCUCUUACCAAUCAGGCACAGCCCUCUGACCAAUCAGGGAGAGCCUUCUGAACAAUCAGGGACAGCCCUCUGACCAAUCACUUCUGACCAAUCAGGGAGCACCGCCUGACCUGCCCGUGAGGUGCUGACUGACCUGCCUGAUGCAGGAGUUUUUUUUGUGCCUCUGUCUGCAGUUUUCCAUCUUCAGGAUAAUGGAAAAUCACUGAUUUUGGCUUUAGAGCUGAUGUUAACAUUUAACAGGACUUCAGCACCAAAUUUCCCCAAUUAACGACCAAAUGUAUCUACAAAUUAGCAUCAGUGACAGAUUCCUGCUGCUGUUUCUUGUAAGAAUAACAGACCGCAAGUGUUUCCAGGUCAAAUUUCGGUCAAUCUAAAAGCAGCUCAGUUUCAGAUUCUGCCCAAUUACAGAAACUCUGCAGAUAAACGAGGCUCGCCAGCAUGCAGACCGCUGAGUUUAUGACCAAAUAUAUGUAUAUGUAUCUCCAUCACCAUCACAGCAGAGAAGUAAACAAUCAGGGCCGCAUAGUAACGAGAUUUACGAGCACUAACUGCUCAAACCGGCUCCAGCCAGCUGGCAGGAUCAAUAAGAGAAAGAAUAACCAUAAGAAUAACAAUCCAUUAUAGUUAAACGAGUCCGUAUGAUUUGGAAAGAAUGACAGAGCUGUAAAACCAAGCUGCCAGCAUUAGAUUAGAGGUGUUGAGAGACCUGCAGGAAGUUUCAGAGGCUUUGAUCUUCUUAAUCAUCUUCAUCAUCAUCAUCAUCUGCAGCUCUAUUGUCCAGUUCUCAAUGCUUAUUUUCUCAUUAGCAUAACAAACUGUCAGUAACAGCAGUGAAGACUUUACAGAUGGAAUAUAAAUCUGUGUACAAAGCAUGUAAAUAAUUUCUCUUUCUGUUUUAUAUUUGUAUGAUUUCUACACUUUAGAGCGCUUAAGACUUUCCUACAUCCUGAGAAAGACGCAUUUAAUAAUACAGUGUAUUUACAAAUAAACUUCAGUCACAACA